AUGAAGAACGCCCUUGCGCUCAAGCAUCUCGCAGGGAGCCUUGUGCUCCCGAUGGUGGAUAUCAACAAGGGUCUGAAGAGCAGCGAUCCCAUCCCGAGACCGGUCAACAUCCCCAACGAGCUACCCUUAGCUCGUCACGAAGAGAUGUCAGAGCUCUCUCGUUAUCAAGAUGAGCAAAGGAAAACUCAGCUCGAUGCUUCGAGACAGCGUCCGCCAGUUGGAGACGCCUGUCCCGCUCAUUUUGGAGAGCGUUUCCCUCCUCUUCCACCUCCUUUGGAGGACUCUCGCGGUGGCCAGCGCUAUCUGAUUAUGCGGCUGUUGAACCACCGCGAUGUGAACGGACGUCGGACGAGUUACCUGGUCCGGUGGCGCGGUUAUCCCCCGUCCUGGGGUACUUGGGAGCGCCGCUCCCAACUGAUGAUUGACGUACUGGGUCUGGUCGAGCAGUACGACGCGGCACAUCCUGUGCCGCAGAAGGACCGCUGGAGAAAGUCUUCAUGGCACGGUCGUUAA